CACCACCCUCGGCCUGGCACCGUGCACCGCUCUGACAAGCAUCAACUUUCCCCUCCUUCCGCUGCUUCCUUGCUCUCCUCCCCCCCCCCCUUCCACCUGGCUUCCCUCCUCUCCCACCUUCCUGGCUCACUCGCUGCUCCGGCUCGGCCUGUGGCUCGCUCCGCCGAGUCGCGUUCAAAUGGCGAGCCAUGCCUGGCAUAGGUCCGGCGCCGGUAGGCUGGCGCCGGUCCUCUGGCUGUUUGUCGGGUUCUUGGUGACCCUGGCCCGAGGCACGGGGCCGCUCCUGCUGCACGGAACGCUGCACGCUCCCUCGACGGCCGGGCGUCUGAUGGGAUUUUCGACGCCCCUCGGAGAGCCAUCGAUAGCUGUUUACGAAAAGUCGACAAGUAUCCUGGAGGCUCGCGAACAACAUGUCAAGCUGGACCGCCUGACUGACAUCCGGUGGGGUGUAUUCUUCUCCGACAUCGGGCCCUACGCCUUGGUUUGCUCGGCGCCGACUCCCCCUUCGGCGAAUCCAAUGCAUAUGGUUCUGCCGGGGGCAUCCCUGCCGGGGCCCCUGGUCCUCGAGUACUCCCACACUCAUGUGGGCGUGUGCGGGCUGACCGCGGCCCUUGCAUGGACCAUGCCGAAUACGCAAUUGCUCGCGGCCCAGAGUGUGGGCCAGGACUCGGUCGACCUCCUGGUACUUGUUGAUGUCGGGUCGAGUGCCGUCACCUUGAAGAUCCUCCUCGUGGAGUUGGAUGUUCUUGCCGGCCAGUUGAUGUAUCAUGACCUGUCUUUGCCGGCCAUGGAGUCUGCCCCGGUGUUGGCUGUUCCCGGACCCGGGCGAACGUUCUUCUUCCUGGAGCCCAACCAACACCUGUGGUAUGUUAGGCAUCAGGGGGGUGGCUCGGCCGAGGUCUCCGGCAUCGCGGUUCCCACUUCGGGCGUCCUUCAAAUGAUCUCCUCUCGGGUGUCCUCCCCUUCGGGGGAUUGCCCGACCGGGGAUUUGAUCCUGCUGCUGGAUGGGUCGCAUAUUCGGGUGCAUCCCUGCCCGGCCAGCAUGGGCACGCCGUUUUCCUUUUCUCUGCCCCCUGGCACGGUGGGCGGCCCCACUGGGCGCAUCAUCCUCCCCCCGGCCCUUUCGAUGGAAGAAGUCUUGCCAUUGCUCUACUACGCUGAAUCAUCGCCGGGGGAGCCCCCGGACCGAUGGCAAAGCUAUGGCGCGCGGACAUCCACAAUCGCCAGGCCACCUGGCGGCCGGUGAUCACCCCGGCCGGCGUCAAUCCGAUGGAGGCCGACUUCAUGAGCCUGAUCGUGGAUUUGAAUGGGCCCCGGUGGAUCCUGGCCGUCGGCCAUGUGGGCCUGCUGGAGCCGGACCUCUUUCGCUGUGACCCCGAUUCGAGCAUCGUCUGCGACCGGGAGGAUUUCCUCCUGGGUACCUCGCUGGGAUGGAUGUGCUCGCCGGGGCGCCAGGCCAGCCCCUUUGCAGACGAUGAGCGCCUGUGCGGCGCAUGUGGCGACGGCUUCUACUUGGACCGUCCGGCGCGCCUGUGCCGCCCCUGUCCAAAGGGGUGCACUUCAUGCUCCGGUACCGAGUGCUUCCAAUGCCAAGCGCCGUUGCUGACGGAGCAAGCCCCCGCCGGUGGCGGGGUGAACUGUGUGAGUGCCUGCUCGCCGGGCUUCACCGAGCUGGCUGGGGUUUGCCAGCGUAACGCCGGCCCAUCGGCAACCCUGUACAGCCUCACGGAACGCCCGACCAUCAACUCGUCUUCCUCGGCCGGGUUGACGAUUCUGGCCCUGGGCUCCACGCAUCUGACCCUGGACCCGCGGGAUUUCGGUACGCCCUCCCUGUCGGCGAGGGCCCUCAGCACGCCGUCUGCUGCUCGGGAGGGGGUUUUGUUCUUCAUUCCGGACGCCAGGACCCUGUGGAUGCCGGCCGCGGCCGCGAGCGACCCCUCUCGGCCGCCCCUCGAGGAGAUCACCCUCUUUCCCGGGUUCCCCUCGGCCGGCGUGGCGUCAUACACGGAAAUCGGGCCCCUUUUGCUGCCCUCCGAGGCGGUUCUCCCAUUCGCCAUGUGCACGGGCCAGGAGGAGCUCCUCCUCGGGGCUCUGUCCUGCUCGCUGCUUCCCGAGCCGGAUGGCACGUCCCGCGCCGUGUGCCUGGGGGUCCCCGCUCCGAUGCCGCAAUAUGUCGUCAGCCGGCCUUGCCGGAUGGUCCGUCGAAUUGGCGAUCGCCAUGUUUUGGCCUACCUGGACGGGAAUCGGGCGGCCCUCUACUUUUUCGAUGAAUCCUGGCGUCUCCUUGACAUCGCUGGUCGGACCCAGGAUGGGCUACUCCUCCCGCGGGUUUUGGCCCCGGUCGGGCCGCGAUCGCUGCCGGACUUGGGGGAUCCCACGGACUGGUUUGUCCAGACGAAUCUCAGCGGCCAGGCAACCGCACUGCCUCUGGAUCUUCUUGAGGGAGAUGCUCGCCGGCAGGCCCUUGCCAACCGGCUGUUUGCGAGCCACACCGUCUUCGGGACGCCGGUGCUCUUGCGGACGGCAGGUCCCCACGGUCCGGGCCGCCAUGCGCACGAACUCAUCAUGACUCGCGUGUUGCCGUCCGGCCAUUGGGAAGCCUUUUCGGCUCCCGGGGACAUGCUGCCAUCGGGCCGAACGGUGGACCUGCCUACCCUGCGGCACAAUCUCGGCCAGGUGCCCAUUGGCUUGGGCGGGGGUCCCAGUCGCUUCCAGUCUCUGGAAAUCGACGGCCUGCCCGAAUUCCCGGCCGCAUUGCUGCUCGUGACGGAGCGUUUCUUGGCCGUGGCAUUCUUUCGGUGCUUGGCGGUGGCCGGCCCGUGCUCCCUGCUGCCGGCUACCUUCCUGCCGCUGGGAAGGCUCAUCACCGGCCUCAGUAGCAUGGAUGUCAUCCAGAGCCCGGGCCAGCCUGCUCAAGACCCAACGGCCAUACUGGCGAUGGCCCUGCUGGCCAAGACGUCCCUGGGCAUGGUGGAGAUGCGUAUUGAGUACUCCUGCCCGAGUGAGACCUUUGGCCCGACAUGCCUGCCCUGUCACCCAUCGUGCCGCGAGUGCUCGGGCCCGGGUUCCGACAGCUGCACCGCCUGUCGGGCGGCCAUGCCCGACGACCCGGCCAUCUGUUUGAGCGCCUGCCCGCCGGGCCUCAUCCUGGAUCCACAGGCGCUAUGUCGGUGCCCGGGCUCCUGCCUCCGGUGCGACCCGGUCACGGGGCCUGGGGGUGGCUAUCGGUGUGGGAUGUGCCAGGCGGGCUGGGCUGUCGGUAGUCCGAAUUCCACCCUCUGUCAGCCGUGUCACUCGACCUGCCUCGAAUGUGCGGUCCCCGACAGCAUGCAUGCCUGUACAGGCUGUCGCCCGGGGACUUAUCUCCACCAGGGGAGCUGCGCGUCGGCCUGCCCGUUGGGCCUCUGGCCGGACGACCAGACGGCCGAGUGUCGGGCCUGCCCGGCUGGCUGUGUGUCAUGCAUGUCGGAUGGCAUGUGCGAGAGCUGCGCGGGGGGCUUUUUCCUCGAUGGCAAUGGCCAGUGCGCCAGGUGCGAUGCCUCUUGCAUGGCAUGCUCUCGGGCCGAUGCCUGUGAGGCAUGUCGCCCGGGGCUGAUCUUCCUCCAGCCCGAUGAGCAUGUGGCCUCGCUGUGUGGAAGUACCUGCGGCCCGGGCGAGUAUCCGGGCGUCGAUCGAUGCGCCGCAUGCCAUGAAUCCUGCGAUCUCUGCGCCGAACGCGCGGACAUGUGCCAGGUGUGUGGCGAUGGCUUCCGGUGGGCGACCGGGCCUCCGGCCGCCGGGCGGACGGGGCCUUGCGUCGCCUGCCCGGCCGGGUGUGCCUCCUGCACGGCGGACCGGUGUUACUCCUGCGCCCCGGGCCUCCUGCUGUCGUGGGAUGGGGUUUGCUUGGCCGCCUGCCCGGAGAGCACGCAUGGGACCGACGAAUCGUGCCAGCCGUGUGACCCCUCCUGCCUGGCAUGCGCCGGGCCAGGCCCGGACCAGUGCACGACAUGUGCCCCGGGGCUGGAACUGCUGGAGGUCUCGGCCCUGGUGGGCACCUGCGAGUCGCACUGUCCCGAAGGCCAAUAUCGCGAUCUGGCCUCCGGCGCCUGUGCGGCUUGCCAUUCGGCCUGCGCCACGUGCAAUGGUCCCUCCGAUCGGGAUUGCUGGCGGUGUCGGGAUGCCCUGCUGCAGGAUGGGGACUGUGUGCAACACUGUGCGGCGAAGCAUGUCGCCGUGGGGGAUCGGUGUCUUCGAUGCCAUGCCUCGUGCGAUCGCUGUGCCGGGGUCCGGAGCACGGAGUGUUUGCCCAGCUGCGCCGGCGGGCUGUUUGCCCUGCCGGCCGGGCAAUCCCCCAUGCGCUGUGUGUCCAGCUGCCCGGUGGGCUACAGCACCAUGGGGUCCGGCUGCGCCAAGUGCCAGGAUCACUGUGCCAGCUGCCCGGCCUCGCGGGAUGUGUGUGCUCUUUGCGAUCGGGGCUGGCUGCUUGAGAGCCCGGAUUGCGUGGCCUCCUGCUCGGCUGGGUCUUCGCCACAGGGGAACAUUUGCAUGGUAUGCCACGAUUCCUGUGGGACUUGCUUUGGCCCGGGCCCGGGGCACUGUCUCACAUGCGGCGAUCAUGCCCCGCUGCAAAUGGACACCCAUUGCUUUGGGACCUGCCCGGAGGGGGCCUUCCAAGCCGGUCACGAGUGCUUGGCGUGUAGUGCCGUCUGUGCCAGCUGCUCCGGUCCCCGGAGUACCGACUGCACCGGCUGCGCGCCUGGCCAGGCCCUCUAUGCGGGGACCUGCUUGGCGUCCUGUCCUGAGGGGCACUUCGCCGAGGGGGGCAUUUGCCGGCCAUGCGACCAGGCAUGCCGGCGUUGCGACCGGGCGGGAUCAUGCACCGCCUGCUCCGAGCCCCUCCUGCUCCAGGCCGAUGGGGAGUGUGUGGCGUCCUGCCCGGCCGGCUGGCUGGCCUGCCAUCCAAGUGGCCGGUGUGAGCCCUGUCCGGAACACUGUGCCGAGUGUGUCCCGGCCGGGGCCCAGUGCAUGGCGGUGUGUCAAAGCUGCCGGCCCGGCUUCCAGCUCUCCGAUGGCCAAUGUGUCGAUGGCUGCCCGGCCGGGGAGUUCCUCGAUCCCUCGUCGGGCAUUUGCGCGCCCUGUCAAUGGCCGUGCUUGACAUGCGGCAAGGCCGCGGAAAGGUGCACCGCCUGCGCGCCCGACAGCGGCCAUCUGAUGCCGGAAUCGGGCACAUGCGUGCCCGCAUGCGGGGCCGGCUUUGCGGCCGUCCGCGGGGUGUGCCAGGCCUGUCCGUCGGGCUGCGAGCAGUGCACGGCCGGGCCCGGGCAGGCUGGCUGCAAAUGGGCAGCCGACGGGACGCCAUCCUGCCCGGGGGUGGCCACAUGCGAUGCCUGUCACGCGGGUGGCUUGCUGCUGGAGGGGACAUCCUGUGUGGGUGUCUGCCCGCCAGGGUGGUAUCCCGAUCGCGAGUCUGUCCCGGCUGGCUGUCGGCCCUGUCACAAGGGGUGUCUUGAGUGUGAUGGCCCGGGGGCGUCUGACUGUGCACGGGCCCCGGGCUCGGGGGCGACGCGCAUUGGCCUGGCCAUUGGCCUGGCGGUGGGCUUGCUCGUGGUGCUGGUGCUGCUGGCCGUGCUUGCGGUGCUGUGUGUGCGCCACCGCCGGCGGGCCAUGAUGCUUGCCAAGGGGCCCGACACCGAGGAUGCCACCAUGCUGAACACCAUCCUGGAGCUGGCCCUGCCGGGGGCCAUUUUGGUGAAUGUGGACAUGGACUUCCGCCGGCUGGACAUGACACUGGGCGCCGGGGGCCAGGCCAGCGUGUAUGCCGCGCAGUCCGUCGGGCCGGGGAUCAUCGGUCGGCUGGGCUGCCCGGAGACGGUGGCCGUGAAGCGCAUGAAGGCCGAGACCAUGCGGCCGGUGGAUGUCUCCCUCUUCCAGAAUGAAGUGGCUCUCAUGUGGCUCCUGCGUGAGCAUCGGAAUAUCGUCCGGGUGUAUGGCUACAGUGAGAUGCCCCCGGCCAUUGUGAUGGAGCGCUUUGACACGGACUUGAAGACUCUGCUGCACUCGGCGGUGGCCCUCACGGACCGGCAGCUGGCCGACAUCAUACGGCAGUGGGCCUCCGGCAUGGAGGCCAUGCACGCCCACGGGGUGGCCCAUUGCGACCUGAAGCCGGCCAAUGUCUUUGUUCGGAUGCAUGAUGACGGAAUGUGGCAUGUCGCGCUGGGCGAUUUGGGCACCAGCCGGAAUCUGUCGGCCGAGCGGUCGUCGGCUCUGGUGAACUCCUUCCCCGAAUUGAAUGCCAUGUCGGUGCCGUAUGCAUCGCCGGAGUUGCUUCGGGCCUUCCGGCAGGGUGUUCCCCUGGACCGGGGGGCCUUCUUGCCGGCCGAUAUCUACGCCGCUGGGAUCAUGCUGUGGGAGUGCUUGACCCGGUCGACAUCUUGGUCCGGUCUCUCGAUGGAGGUGAUCAUGGAGGCAGUUUGUCAGGAAAAUGCCCGGCCCCCGGUGGAGCAACUCCCGGCCGAGGGCCCCUUCGUCCAUGCCCGGGACCUUGUCGAGGCAGCAUGGCAGCUGGAUGCACAGCGACGCCCAGAUGCCGGCACCUUCCGCCAGCAGUGUUCCAUGUACUUUGUGGCGGCCGGGGGUCUCGAUUGAGAUCCCCGCCCCCUGAGAGGGGCUUGGCCCAUCCUCCAUGGCCGCGGACAAUGGGAUCUCCUUUUUUGCUGGAGUUGCAUCGUGA